ACCUAACAUAGCUAAUAACACAAUAAAAAGUUCUACAAUGCAAAUUAGAUAGCCUUCAUAGUUAAAACACAGUUAGACUAUAAGGUAAUCAGACUACAUUGUUCGAACUUCCCGGGAGUGGCACUUCGACGGAACGCGUGAGAUAUUUUGGAGAGCAUUGUAGACUAGGAGACUUGCCAAAAGGAGACUUCUGACAAACAGGUAUUAGAUUGGUUUCGUCUUGAGAGCUCCUUGUACCCUAUGGCGUACGCUGCAUAUUGGAUGAGCCUCCAGAAAACCACUGUUGGAGAUCAGCAGGGUGGCGGACCUACAACUCAUCCUACUUCAGCAGCGGCUAAGACACGCGGUAACUAUCGCCCUAUUCCUUGUCCCAGACCUCAAUUCAGCCAGUCGCAACCCAAACAUGCCCCACCAGCCCCGGCGGCACAGGUCUCCUCCAUGAAACCAGCUCAGUUUGAGAAGACACCUGUUACAUCUGCAGCAUCAACCAUGGCUACAAAGCCAGGAGUAACCACGACAACGGGCACUACCACAGGAAGUGAUGUCAAAGUGUUUACCUCUGCAGGGGUGACACAGAAAGGGAUUGCCGUAGUCAAGCCGGAGACUUCAUUUGUCUCUCCUAACACCGGGGUAGCAGGUGCUACAAUUAUUGAUAUGACCGGAGGCAGUCCUAAAGAAAUCCUCAAGACUGCACCUGUCUCUCAGGCCAAAGCUCCCACCACCUCGGCUGGAACAGCCAGCUCAGCAGGAGCGGCCGCAACCGUGAAAGCUGAAACAACCAAGCCAAAGCCUACUGACUCUCCAAAACAGACGGUCAAGAGUGCACCAGACCCGGCGAAAAAAGUUGACUCAGCUAAAAUUGAUCCGGCUAAAGUGUCAAAGCCCGCUGAAGCUGCCAGUGUGGAUGGGAGUGCCUCUGUGAAGGGGAAAACAGAUGUGAAAACAACUAAGGUACAGGUAGAAGUUGGGCCCCCAGGAACGAAGGCAUCCAAAGAGGCACCUGAAGUGGACCCUUUUGAUGCCUUGGCUGCCAUUUUGCCAUCAUUAGACUCUGUCGCCCACCCAGCCCCACCCAAAUAUACUGGUCCUGAGGUCAAAGAGCAUGGCUUGACAGCAGAAGAUGCCAUGUUGUGUGGGGUCAGAGAAGACACUCUACCGCCUGGAUACAGAUUUGAGAACAGGGGCCCAGCUGGCAAACCAGAUGUUGUGAAAAAGGACAUCCCGAAACCCAUGGGCACAGACGAGGCUUUGGAUUCCCUUUCUGCCGGGUUCAUGACCUCAACUCCCCCGAGUCAGAAGAAGGGAGAAGUGAGUCUCAGAAAAAUAGAGAGUGUGGGUGCCAUUAAUGCCUCAACUGCUGGCUUCUCCAACUUUGCUCCACCACCCCCUGCCAAGAAACCUGAAGAGUCCAAGACUGCCCCUGCUACAAAGUCUGCUGUUCUCCCUGCUGACAAGAAAGCCAAAGUUGAGAAGAAACCUGAAGAGUCAAAGCCUGCCCCUGCUACAAAGUCUGCUGUUCCUCCCGCUGACAAGAAAGCCAAAUUUGAAAAGGAUGACUCCAUGUCCCUGGAUGCCCUCAGUGCUCUGGGCGACACCCUGGCUGCUCCAGAACCAGCACCUGAACCUGCCAAGCUCAGACCCGAGGAUAUGGUCUCGGAGGGCAAGUUGAAGAAAGAGAAGGGUGUGCGUGUGGGUGAGCGCGAGGACACGCUUCCGCCUGAGUACAGGUUGAAAGACGACAAACACAAAGACCUUCCUGCACCCAAGCCUGAGCCCUCCAUGGACUCUGGUGAGGCUCUGGAUAUCUUAUCUGGAGACUUCAUGACAUCGUCUGUUGCGCCAGCUGCACCCCAAGCUCUUCCCAAACAGCCUAAGGCAGAUGUUGUUACACCAACUAAAGCUUCCACAGUCCAGGCCCCUGUUGUUGUUCCUGUACAUUCUCCAGAGAUAGCCAUUUGUCCUCCAUGUGUGCCACAACCUCUUGACAGGAUCCCUAACCCUGUUCCAACUGUGUGCCCUCCAAAGCCUAAACUUGAGAAGAAACCUGAAAAGUCAAAGCCUGCCCCUGCUACAAAGUCUGCUGUUCCUCCCGCUGACAAGAAAGCCAAACUUGAAAAGGAUGACUCCAUGUCCCUGGAUGCCCUCAGUGCUCUGGGCGACACCCUGGCUGCUCCAGAACCAGCACCUGAACCUGCCAAGCUCAGACCCGAGGAUAUGGUCUCGGAAGAUAAACUGGCCUCUGAGAAGGGUGUGCGUGUGGGUGAGCGCGAGGACACGCUUCCGCCUGAGUACAGGUUCAGAGACGACAAACACAAAGACCUUCCUGCACCCAAGCCUGAGCCAUCCAUGGACUCUGGCGAGGCUCUGGACAUCUUGUCAGGAGACUUCAUGUCCCCCUCUGCUGCUCCUGUCGUCCAGGCUUCCAUCCCCGCUGCUGCUCCUCCUGCAUACACUGAUGACUUUGCCCUGGACGCUCUGGCUGGAGACUUUGCCCUGGACGCUCUGGCUGGAGACUUUGUUGCUCCCGCUGUGGCUCCUGCGGUCCAGUCAGCUGCUGAACGCCAGCUCUCCACAGGAACAGCAGACGCCUUGGACUCUUUGUCAGACACCUUGAUAGACGCCACUCCUGUCCCUGAGCCCGCUCCCAUCCAAGUCAAAGACAUCAUCAAGGAGAAGGAGGUUACAGAAGAGAAGCUCAUCAAGAUGGGGGAGAGAGACGACAGCCUUCCUCCUGAGUACCGGCCAACAGAGAAGGACCUGAAGGCGAAGGCCAAAGCCAAGGCCAAAGCAGAUGUCAAACCUAAACAGAAAUCUAUGGAUGAAGCUGAUGCCCUUGAGGUGCUGUCUGGUGACUUCUCUGCCUCCGUCACCCCUGCUGCCUCUGUCGGGGUCUCAACAGUGCUGGUGCCACCCUCUCUGCACCCAGAGAAAUUGCAGGCUGUGUCCGGCCCUGUGUUGGACUCUCUGGCUGACACUUUGCUUCCAGAUGUUCCAGAGUUCAAACCAAAAGGAGAAAAGCCAAAGGGCAAGAGCAAGUCAAGGUCAAAAUCCAAAAAAUAUCAGGCAGAGGACCCUUCAGCCUUCGACACCUUGUCUGGAGAGAUGAGCUCAGACGUAGUGCCUACAUCCAUGAAGAAGGGUGGCAAGAGCUAGACAUUUGGAUUCCUGGUGCAAUACAUCUCCCCUGCAACACAGAGGUGCCAUUUGUGGGAGUAACUCUAAAUAAGGAUUCUAUUUUUUUCUAAAUGAUGGAGAAUGUAUACUGGAUGAACGACAACAUAACCACACACACACACACACACACACACACUGUGUGCCAUGCCUUGACUGCUUGGUGUCACACGACAGGGGAUGGUUGGAGUUUGACUGAGGAGUGUUGGUUUCUUGUCCUUGAGAAGUAGAAAGAAUAGCAUGUAACUAAGAAAGAAAGAAUAAAGAAAAAUAUAUAUAUAUUUAAGAAGAAAAAAAAUGUCCUAAUUUGGAAAAUUACCUGGAGAAAUAUCCCCCAGGAGAUGGGCCGUCGUCCUAGCUAACAGUUGACAUUUCCACAACAUUACAUGCUGUUGCUACUACACAGUAUUAAAGUUGAUGCUGCUGCAACGUUGGGGUAAUAGUGAUUGUGAGCAGGUGCGGGAGCAGUACAUUGUCUGGUCCGCAGUAUAAGGAUGUGGGUGCAAUUUUGUAUACAAAAAGAAAGUAGAGUUUUUUUUCUAUAAUGUGGCAAGCCACCAUACAGACACUAGAGCACAGCAUAGUCUGCUUAGUUUGAUGAUCUUAGUUUACAAUACUGAACAUGUAAAAGGAUUUACAGGAUGUGGUCUGCCUAAUGCAGCUGAGAGAUACUUGUGACAAUUUAUUUUACUUUCUGUUAAGCAAUAUCUAUAAAACAAGGGUCUUUUCAUGUGCACAUGGCCUUGUAGAUGCAAAUAGUGGUUUCUGAAAGUACACUUACAAGUGUACUGGAAUGGUUGCUACCUCUGUAAACUGCCUUAAUUUGUAAACUGUAAAGGAAUGUUCUACUGUAAAAUGUACACAGUCACAAUAGCUAUCACUACUAGUCAGAACUUCAAAAGGUGAAGUGGAUAUUUGCCACUUUUGUUGCCAACAUAAUUUGUUCGGGUUCAGGUAUAGCUCAAAAAUCUCAAAAGAAUUAUAAAUAUUUGGGUUAGUGUUUUUCAUGCAUUCAGUCAUCAGGGGUCUCAGUGAACAAAUUGUUCAACAAAGUAGACAACAGAGAGCCCUAAACAUUUUACCACAAAAUUAUGAAAAUCUAAAAUAAUUCUCUAAGUUAACACUACACACUCAAAAUGGGGUCAUUUGGUAAAAGUGGUGUAGCCUAAUGUAAAAUGUACAAAUAUUAUAGUUAAAGGGAAAUAUUUGACAGUCGUUUAUCACGUCUAAAUGACUUACUUCUCCUAGUGUGAGGCUUGGUGGUUUUUCAGUGUUCAAAGCUCUAGAAAUGUGCUUCCUCUUCUGACAGUUGUGUGAUUUCGAAUGGGUGUUUCAGAUGUCUUAGCAAAAAGUUAUUUUCAAGGUUUUAUCUUUGCCUGGAGUGGCCUUGGACACUUGCGCACUUGGGUGUAAUAAUUGAUGGGAAUGAGGAACAUACAAGUAAAAGGAUUUCAAGUGUUGUAAAAAUGCAAAUAAAAAGCUAUGUAGUUGUACA